AUGGGUCGAGGUGAUGCCAGUGAACUUGAGCUACGGAUUUUUGUUGUCUCCAACACCUCAAACGCGAAGGAAACGGAAUCGCGCUUUGUACAAAGGGGUGUGUUCGCUGUCAGUUUAGGCACUUUAGAGGCACGACAGCACAUCCGCGUAGAAACGGCACCUGGAGAUGAAGAGUGCUCACGUGCCACCCUCGAAAUUGCCGGGCUUAUGGAGGUCUCUCGGAGUCUGUUAACGCAGAACAAAGACGGCAUCCAACUUCCGAGUAGACGAGACGGUGCAGGCGGCCUCAAACUGGCAGGAGACAUCAAGUGCAUGUUUCUACGAAAACCGGUAAGGUCUCUAGCUCGGGUCACUCUGGCAAUAUAG